CGCUACCUGAACUGUUCACUGUAUGAUAAGUUCAACAUUCACAUUCUCUCUUUAAGAAACAUUAAAGUAUUUAUUCCCCCUUCUCCCCUUUUUACUAGAUUUGUCUGAAUUUCUGUCGACUUAUUCUUAAUGUUCUUGUGUGAGAUCAUAUAGGGACUAUGUCGUUCAGGAAACGGAAUUCUGUGAUCAGUAGCUCUAGCUCAGCUCAAGCCGCACAUGUGAAAACUGAUACAGCACCCAUCCCUGGUGUUCGACCAUCGCCUCUUGAUGGCAGACCGACGACUUCGUCUGGAACAGCGUCCUUAGACAAUCUCUUAGCAGGCCACUCAGGUAUACCUCUUGGAACUUCGCUUCUUAUUGGGGAACAUGGGACCACGGAUUUCGCCGGCAUGCUUCUUCGGUAUUAUGCAGCUGAAGGCUUGGUGCAGGGGCAUCAAAUUCAUGUACUUGGUUUACACGAAGGAUGGCAAGCAGAUCUGCCUGGAGUCUCAACCGAGUCCAGUUCUUCUAGUAAGCCAGAAGCAUCCUCAGCGGAGAAGAUGAAAAUCGCUUGGAGAUAUGAGAGUCUAGGCUCUGCAGGAGCCGCAAGAGAUAGAGAAGCGCAACGAGCUCAGAAUGCCUCUAAUGCUGGUGAUACCGCACCCUUCUGCCAUUCAUUCGACCUUACCAAAAGGUUAUCCUCAAGUGACGUCAAGGGUCAGAUCAGUUUUUACCAAUCCAUGAUUAUAUCAAAUCCCAGGGCCCAGCAGACUUCACCACUCAAACUCUUCAUCAGAGACUUGUCGUUGAAACUAGCGAACUCUCCACCGACAUCAGUUCAUCGUGUGAUAAUCCCGAACCUCCUAUCCCCGACCAUGUAUUCGAUUUCAUCUUCCCUUCCCCAGGAAGUCCUUCAGUUCUUGCACGCUCUGAGAGCCCUGCUAAGGCAAUACUCGAAAAAUAUAACUAUGCUUUUGACAUUGCCCCUCUCCCUUUAUCCUCGGACAACAGGGCUUUCGCGAUGGAUGGAAUUGUUGUGUGAUGGUGUACUCGAAUUCAUACCACUACAAUCUACUACUAUCCAUAAACCUCCACCAUCUUCGAAAAAUGGGAGCAAAGAUGACGAGAAAGUUCAAGGUCUGGUCAAAGUCCACAGUUUGCCAGUUUUUCAUGAGAAAGGAGGUGGGCCACACUCAUCAUUAGAUGACCAAUCUUUCAGCCUUAGUCGGUCAAAGGGGCUGAUAAUUAAGCCAUUUUACCUUCCUCCGGCCGACGGUGAAGAUAACGAGCCCAAGCCAGGGGAUUCCGGAAAGCCUGCUAUGGAUUUCUAAGACGAAGUCAAUCGGCCAAUUUAAUUAUGACGGGAAUCUAUACGCGAUAGCGCAAUAAAUUCGAUACCCCCAAUAUUGCAUACCAUAUCCGUUCCGUUGCCCCACCACCUGCACCCCAAAACUUUUUUCUCCAAACUCAAACUGUAAACAACCUUUCCUCCGACAUCCAAACCACACAAACAGGUGAGUCACCAC